AUGAAAGCCCUCCUUGGAUCACAAGAUGUGUGGGAAGUGGUAGAGAAAGGCUACGAUGAGCCAAAAGAAGGAGUCACUCUAUCCCAAACUCAAAGGGAUAGCUUGAAUGAUUCAAGAAAGAGAGACAAGAAAGCUCUCUAUCUCAUCUAUCAAGGAUUGGAUAGAGAUGCUUUUGAGAAGAUUUCGGAGGCAGCCACCGCAAAGGAAGCAUGGGAGAAGCUACAAACCUCUUACAAGGGUGCUGAGCCGGUCAAGAAGGUACGUCUUCAAACUCUAAGAAGUGAGUUUGAAACUUUACACAUGAAAGAUGCCGAAAGAAGAGAUCGUGGACGUGGAAGAAUAGGCCUCAACAACAAUUAUGCCAAUGAAGAUCGAAGAGAGAGCUCAACAAGAGGUCGUGGAAGAGGUGUCUCGCAACCAAGACGUGACAAGUCUCAAAUCAAGUGCUACAACUGUCAAAGGUUUGACCAUUAUGCUUAUGAAUGUAGAACUCCUACAAGAAAAAUUGAGGAGAAGGAGAACUAUGUGGAGGAAAGAAGUCAAGAAGAUGGCACUCUGUUGAUGGUACACAAUGACAAUGUAGGAGAACAAGAGAAUACAUGGUAUCUAGACAUAGAAUCAAGCAAUCCAGAAUCAGAAUUCGAUAUCCAAAAUGAAUUGGAGUCAGAGAAAUCAGAGACUAUGGAAGAAGAAGAAGAACACCAAGAAGAAACUGAAGCUGAAACUGAAGCUGAUAAUAUUGAUGAUAUGGAAGAAGAUACAAAAGCUGCUGAGUGGAUAAAUAAAUCCGAUUUGAUGAAAGAACAUGAAGAAAAAAGAGGAGGAGAAGGUGAUAGCGAGCGUAGUGGUGAUCCUGACGACGUCGAUGAUGAUGAUGAGGAACGUGAGGAAGAAGAGGAGAAUGAAGCAGUACUAACACUACCAGAAUCAAAGAUAGAACCCCAAAGAAAUUUCAUAUUGGAUGAAACAAUGACAACCAAGAAAAAACAUAUAGCAACUGAAGAAAUGAAAGUUGAAGGCGUAUUCUUUAGAAAUGUUGAUGACUCAGAAGGGCAGACAGUUCAAGAUGAAAAUGAUCAAACUCCGCCACCAAGUCCUACUCCAACAACUCUUGCAUCUACACCAUCAACAGGAAGAAGCAACAACAACAAAGAAGUUAAACUAAAAGUGAAGCCAAGGAGCAGUAGCAACAAGUCAGGAGGAGUACCAACAAAGAAGACAAACAAAUGA